GAGUUCCACUGUACAUAAUUCCAAGCAGUGUGAUUUAUGACCCGCCGUUAUUGUGUGAGUUUCUCCAUGACAAUAAGAUUACCCGCAUGUUGUUCACACCUUCUCUCUUAGAAGCCGUGCUCAACACCCCAGACAUCAACCUUGAAGAAAAGCUAAAAAACAUGAAAACUAUAAUAUUUUGUGGGGAAGUUGUUUGCACAAGUUUGUUUGAGAAAUGUUUGAAAUUAUUGCCAUGGAUACAGUUCCUCAAUCUGUACAGUGUGUCAGAAUGUCAUGAUGUUGCCUGCGAAAAUUUGAAUGAAUAUUUUGAAAACAACAAGGAUGCGUUAUUGAGUAGAAAGUUUUGCCCUGUAGGUAAAGUUAUCCCAGGUGUGAAGAUUGUCAUCACUGAUGCAGAUUUGAAACCUCAACCUGUUGGAAGUUCAGGAGAGAUUUAUGUUGGUGGCCCAACCCUGGCACAUGGUUACCUGAACAGACCAGAAACCCAAGCUAAAAGGUUUAUAUCACGACCAGACCUGGUGCCAGAAGAGUGUGGAGAUGUCCUGUACCGUAGUGGUGACUGGGGAUAUAUGCUGUCAGAUGGCAGUCUAGAGAUUUGCGGUAGAUGUGAUACAAUGGUCAAAGUUAGAGGCUACUCGAUAGAAAUACAGGCAGUAGAGGCAGCUCUGAUGGAGUUACAGAUGGUACAUAGUUGUGUGGUGCUUGUUAAAGGGGAAGAAGGGGAAGAUAAAUUCCUUGUUACGUACAUUGUACCUAUCCGAGAAACCACAAAGAAAGCCGUGAGAGAAGCCCUCAAGAAACGCCUUCCCUUCUAUAUGAUACCAUCAUAUUUUGUCUUUAUUUCAAAAAUUCCAGUUGUCCCUGCUACUGGUAAGCUGGAUAAGGCAGCAUUACCUCCCUUUGAUACUCAAGAUGAUGAUGAUGUCAUAAAUGAAGGUAAACCUGUCACACCAACAGAGGUUGCUGUGGCAACGGUCUGGUGCAAAAUCUUACAAAUGAAGGAGGCCGACAUUCAUGAAAGCUUCUUUGAUCUUGGAGGUCACUCCUUGUUGGCUACAGAGCUCAUUAUCUUUUUCAGUAUUGAUAUGCAGUUAAGAGCAUUUUGGAGAACAUUUGCAUAUUACAAUGAGAAAAGAUUUGCAAAGGGGCGUGUCUUACUGACAGGGGCCACAGGCUUUCUUGGAGCAUUUAUAUUGAGAGAACUUACUUGUAAAACACAGGUGUUUGUAUUUUGCCUGAGUAGACAGUUACCGGACGCCGACUCUAUAGAUAGACUAACAGCAGCUCUGACAAAGUUCGGCAUUCUUGCUGAGAAAGGAGAGACCCCAAAUGAUGAACAGAAAACCAUGCAACAACAUUUUAACAAAAGAGUAGCCAUAUUGAAAGGUGAUGUAGCAUUAAUUAACAUGGGACUAUCAGAUGAGGACUACACAUAUGCAUGUUCUGAUAUUGACAUAGUUAUACACGCAGCAGCAAGUGUUAAUUUGGUCUAUCCCUAUAAUGCUUUAGCAGGAGCAAAUGUUAAUGGUACAGCUUAUGUGAUAAAAUUUGCAUGUACAGGGAAGAUUAAACCUAUUCAUUACAUAAGCACAGAUGCAGUGUUUCCAGCAGGAUUAAAAGAUUGUAAAGAGACGGAUGAUGCUGGUUCCUAUCAUUCACAGCUGCAUGAUGGGUAUUCCCAGACAAAAUGGGUCGCAGAACAAAUUGUGCAGAGAGCCGGUCAAAGGGGAAUCCCUGUUACUAUAUAUAGACUAGGUAACAUGUCAGGGGACAGUAGAUCAGCAUGUUGGAACCCCCAGGAUUUCACACUGAUCCUUCUACAGGCUUGUACCCAGCUCGGUAAGGCACCAGAUGUUGACUGGCAUAUGGAGAUGACACCAGUGGACUUUGCUGCCAACUUUAUUGUUAAAAUGAUCAGAAAAUCUUCACAGGCCAUGGGAAAAACAUUCCAUAUUAUCAACGACAAACCAUUGCACUCCAGAUGGGUGUUUGAAUGGAUGAAUGCUCACGGUUAUCCAUUACAAAUAGUAAAAUUUGACGAAUGGAGAAAAAGCAUACUUAACUUAAAUGAUGGCAGCCAAACUUUUCUACACAGACUUAUGGAGUCUUAUAUUACGAGUUCAGAUUUCUUCACAAGUCUGAGCACAUACAAAGCAGAUAAUUUACAUACUGUAUUAUCACAACUUGGUAUGGAGUACCCAUAUGUUGACUCAGACCUCCUUCAAACAUACUUCACUAAACUGUCUCAGCACGGCAUCAUUACAGGACAGAGGUACACCUUCUCUGGAGGUAAAGUCCUACAAGGCAAGGUUGCUAUAGUAACUGGGGCCUCAAGUGGAAUAGGGAAGGCCAUUGCUAUGGCAUUGGCUGGAGCAGGGGCAAAGGUUGCCAUGGCAGCAAGAAGGGUGGACAGGUUACAGGAAGUGGAAUCUUCUAUUGCAAACAGUGGGGGUGUUUCAAUAUCUGUGAAAACGGAUGUCACACAAAGAGCAGAGGUUAAAGAACUUGUUCGUCACACAGAAAUGACUCUAGGUCCAGUAGAUAUACUUGUAAACAAUGCAGGGACAAUGUUUUAUACGAUGAUGAAAAAUCUACAUGAAGACGAGUGGGAGAGGCAAAUAGAUGUUAAUGUAAAGGGUGUUACAAAUGGUAUUGGUGCUGUGUUAGAUGGUAUGCUGAAGAGAGGUAAAGGUCAUAUUGUCAACAUGUCGUCUGAUGCUGGCAGAAGGGGUUUUUCAGGUCUUGCAGUGUAUUCAGGAACAAAGUUUUAUGUUGAAGGUUUAUCACAGGGAUUGAGACAGGAGCUGGCAGGGUCCGGCAUCAGGGUCACAUGUAUACAGCCCGGGGAUGUUAAGACCGAGCUUCUUCAACACACAACUGAUACAGAGGCGAAGGAGAAGUUUGAUGGAAGUGAAAGUCACAAGAUUCUGGAACCUGCAGAUAUCGCCAAUGCUGUUGUUUAUGCUGUGUCACAACCAGAAUAUGUCGGUGUAAAUGAGAUACUUAUUGAACCAAGAGAAGCUCCGAUAUGAGCUAUAGCUGAAUGUUUAUGAACUGUGAACUAAUGUGUAUGAACUAUGAAAAGACAUGCAUGGACAAUGAACUAUCUAAUUGAAUCAUGAAACCAGAUUGGAGGCCAGGGUUUAUUUUUUUCUCUCACAAGUCAUAUCAUUUUUGUUCAUAUCUGUGAUAUACAUACAAAGUAUUGUUGGUUGAAAAAUGUAUUUUUUUUUCCCUCUCUUGUGUAAACAGAAUUUUUUCUUUACUUUUGUAACAAGGUACAUUUUGUUAUAUAUAUAUAUGUUAGGAGCUUAGCUUGUGAAGGAAUUCUUACUUAACUGACACUGAAUUCCAAUUGUAAUGGUCUAAAAACAUUGACUAUUAUCCAAGGAAAAGCGGCAUUAAAAUGAUACUUUGAGGCUCGAAGUAUGAGACCCAUCAUUGUCAUGAAACCCAUGAUGUUUACAGAAAUGCCUACAUUAAAGCUUCACAAAAAUGAAAAAUUAUACGUAGCAUUCUUUUGAUUCUGUUCAGAGGGGAAUUCCAAAAGUUUUCAUAUUGAUUCUUAACUGGUUGGGGACCAUCAACCAGACAGUUUUAGAACAUUCAGAACAGUUUUCCAUACAGAUUCCACAAUAUUAUUUUAGAGCAAGAUACAUGAAAUUUUGACACAGUACAGUUUUUCUCCAUUAAAUAGCUAGUUUGUUUGUUUUCCAUUAUAUUAACACUUUGAGGCCCACGCAGGGGGUAUAUCUAAAUUGUCCACACUACAAUAAUUGUGUCUGGACAGAUAUUUAUGACUUUUAUCUAAUCAAGAUAAUGGCCUGGGUGUUUUGUUUUUACUUUUGACAUAAAAUACAAAAUUCCAGCUGCAUAUGAGCCAGUUCUAAGUGUAAGAGGUCAGGUAUUGAACUCUUGACGCAAGAAUUUUCAAUGUUAAUAUCUUAUAAUAGACAUAAAACUAUUAUCUUUUAAGAAAGUUGAAAUCAAUUUAUUUCUUUAUAAUAGAAAAAUUAUGCAUUUAUUGUUGAUAAAAAGGCAACUGAUUUAUUGACAAACACUUCACAAAGGAAACACCAAUAGCAGGCUUUUUUGGGGUUCUCCUGGUUUGAUGGUCCCUUAAACCAGUACACAUAAAGAAAAAAGAUUAGUUGAAUGAUACAGAUAAGAAUUCUAGAAAGGAUAUAUUG